AUGAUUUUACUAACCACUAGCCGUUCACUAUUUUAUCUCUUCGUUUUCAUUGGAAUCUUUGAAAGUAUUCCUCAAGUUUCAUCUAAACCAGUUGGUGCCAGUCAUGAUUUAAAAGAAAAUUGUUUUGGAAAAUGUACAAAUAUGUUUAUUAAACUAUCUGAAGACGUUUACAAUUCGGGAAAUAUAUCAUCAAAAUGCUUACCAUAUUAUCCAUUUGGUGAAUGUGUUGAGAAGUGUUAUGAUCACCAUGAUACAACUAUUACACUUCAAUUUUUGAAAGAAUGUGAUAAAGCUGUUCAUGUACAGUAUGGUAAAGUUUUGAAACACAAGAAAUGUCUCCAAAAAAAAUUUGGUAAAGUUAGAGAUCAAUGUAAUCUUGAAUGUGCUAAGGAAGCUGUGGAACAUGAAGACAAUGAUGAGAUUAUUACCAACAAAAUUAAAAUCAACAAGAAAUGGUAUUCAUCUUCAGAAAGUUUAUGUUCAAGUCAAGUUUGCCGAUUAAAAUGUUUAGAUAAAAUGAUAGAGAAGCAAUGUCCACAAACAUCAAAAGGAGUCUUAAAUGCUUUACUGGCACCGUUGAAUGGUUUUAAGAGUCUUAUGAAAAAGUCUUCCAACCAUCAGUAUUUCAAAGAUUUCAUAGUUUCAAGUAAAUGUAAGGGUCUUUUCGAGAAAAACAUCGUUAUCAAUGUGUCUAAACCUUCGGUCCAUGAUGAUCAUGAAUUGGAUGAUUUUAAAUACGAAGUUUCCAAUUUUGUUCCUGAUAUCAAACCUACACCUCCUGAACCUCUUAAAUUUGUUGAUCAAUUGUCUCAUAAUUCUGAUGAGAUGCCUAUCAGCAAUUUUUCUGAGAACAAAAUAGUUGUAGUUGACGAAGAAGAAGAAGAAGAAGACGUAACUGAUGACUAUGAAGAAUUUGAUAAUGGUGUUGAUAGUGAUAAUCAAGUUGGUGGAGAAAUAACUGGUCAUAACAUGGAUUAUGGUGACAAUGAAAAACAUCAUGAAAAUAGUAAUGUUGUUUACCAAGCUCACUUUGAUUUUACACAACCAAUCCAAACUUUCAAUAUUGAGCCAUCAAAUUAUCACUUUAUUGGUCGUACUCCAGAGGAUUGUGGUGAUACAAUGGUUGUUGAUGAUGAAAAGAAGAUACCUCGAUGUUUGAAUCCUACUCUUUAUUUCGUUACAACGGAUGACAACACUGUCAAAGAAAUAUUUAUGAAUGAAGGGAUGAAGGAGAAAUACAGUGAUGGUCAAGUUUCAGUAGUAGAUAUCUAUGACCAAUACAAAGAUCUUUUAAAUAGGAUGAAACUUGACGAUUCACAAAUCUCCUCAUUAUUCGAAAACCAACCUAAAAAUAAUUUACAUAAUGAGAAUGAGGAUUAUUCAGAUAUAAAAUCUGAAGAUGAUGGUAUGGAACUAUUACCAAUCAGUAAUUUGAUAAAUAAUGGAGAAUCUACAACAACUGUACACGACAACGAAGAGGAAUAUUCUGAUAACAGGGACGAGUUUCACCAACCUCCUGAUGAAGACGAUGGUAGCGAUUUCCAUGCAUUUGCCAAAGGAGUAAUAAGUCAUGGAAGUAAUUCAAUUAAUAAUGAACAAUUAAUUGAGGAACAUGUUGGUGAGGAAAAAGAAAGUUCACUAGAGGAAGAAUUCGAAGAGGAUGAGAUUUUAAAUGUAAAUCAAGAUAAAGACAUGUUCUUGAAUGAUGAAGAUUUGAAAUCAGUUUCGCAUCAUGAACCAAUUGGUUUUGGUUUUAAAUCUCUUGAACAUGAAAGCAAAAAAGUGUCUCAUCAGAAAGAAUCAAAUCCUCAAUUACUUAAAAGUAAGGAUAAAAAGAUUCAUGUGGAAAGGAAAAAAGUAGAUGAUGAAUUUGAAGAUGUUAUGGAUGAUAAUGAAGAAGAUAGCGACAUGCAUGAAGAGGAUGAUGUGGAAAAAAUGGAAAAGAAAAGUCAUUCUACCUUCCAUGGUCAAGAGCAUGAUAGUAAUGAUAGAUUUAAUAAUGUUCUCCCAGAUCAAGAAAGAAUAUCAUAUGGUUUGAGUGGAAGAUUGGUUCCGAGAAGUAUAAGAACUUAUAGAAUGAGGUUACCAGUUAUUACACACAUCCGAGAAAAUGACGAUAAUAAUUCAAAUGAAAAAGAAACUUCUUUACUUAUAACAGAAAAUGAUAAAUAUGAAAAUUUAAAAGAAACAAAAAGUACUUCAAAAGAUAUUAAAUCUAUUAAUAAUAAUAUUCCAAGUAAAAAUAUAAUAUACAAUGCUACAACUAAAAAGGAUAAAGGCAUAACAAAUGUCGCAAAAAAAUUUAUGAAUCUUACCAAAAGUAAAUCAGAUAGUACACAGUUAACAAUUGAAGGAAAACCUUUAACAUUAUCAGUAUCACAAAUGAAAAUGUAUAAAGAGAAAGAUCCAACUCCUGAUAAAUUAAAAUUAAAUAGAACACAAAAGUCAGAAAAAAUUGUUAAGGGAAAAAAUAAUGAAGAAGAAGAUACAUUAAAUAAUGUUGAUACAUUAGAUGAAGAUGAUUCUGGUGUAACAAAAGCUGAUAAAGAAAAAGCAAAAGCUUCAAUAAGUACGGAUGUCAUUACAGUUUUUCCUGAAUUAUAUAAAUAG